AGCCCUCCCUCAGUUUCUUUGAAGACAGCUCCCAUCAGGUUGCCUUGACAAGUUGUUGCACUAGCUUUCCAUAAGCCAGAUGUUACAAAGCUAUGCACGAUGGCUGCUUCUGAAAGGACGACAAAUGGCGAGCUAGAUCUGCCGGAUUUUACAACGGAAAGCUAUUGGGAUGAAAGAUUUAAAGAGGAGGAAACAUACGACUGGUUACUAAAGUAUCAUCAAUUCAGUCAUUUUGUGGAGAAACAUGUGAAUAGAAAUGAGAGGAUACUUAUGUUAGGCUGUGGAAAUAGCAAGCUAAGCCUUGAGAUGUAUGAGGAUGGAUAUCACAACAUUGUUAAUGUGGAUUUCUCAUCGGUGUGCAUUGAGAAGAUGAAAGAGAAACAUCAACAUUGUCCUAUCAUGCAGUGGAUGGUGAUGGAUAUCAAGGAUCUAAAAUUUCCAGAUUGCAGUUUUGAUGUUGUCUUGGAAAAAGGGACAUUGGAUGCACUUGUUGCUAAUGAGAGGGAUCCUUGGAAUAUGACAGAUGAGGGGUAUGAUGUCAUGGAGCAAUCCUUAACACAGGUCAGCAGAGUCUUGAAGCCAGGUGGAUACUUCCUAUCAAUAACCUUCUCACAACCACACUUUAGACGCCCUCUCCUCGCAAGAACUUUGUUGAAAUGGAAUGUUGAGUUGAUGACACUUGGAGAUCAUUUUCACUUUUUCUCCUUUGCCAUGGAGAAAGGUAAAGAAAUGAGCGCCAAAGACAAGGAACUUGAAAAGGAGUCAAUGCUGAAAAGGCAGUCUAAUGCUCAAGGAAAUGUUAAGAGACAAUAUGUGUACGUGAAAGAUGAAGAGAGUGAGCAAACCUUCCUGAAUGCUUUUCAUUUAUGACAGCUGAGAAUCUUAAGCUUGCAUUUUUUGAGAUUUUAUAGAGGAUAGCUUGCGAUAUCUCUAAUGGAUUAUGUAAUGUGAUCUUCUGGAACCAGUUCGGCAGUAAUUCAACAAUAGCGCUUCUCUUGAAAAAUCAAAUUCAGAGAAAAAACCAAAAAAAUCUUCUUGUUUUCUAUAUUUUUUGUUUGUUCAUGGAAGAUAAUGGUUCUUUAAUGAUUAGUGUAUUAUGUAUCGGCAAUUUUUUUAAGCAGGAAAAGAAUUGUGAAUAAACAGUAAGAUUCAUUGAUAAAAGGUUCAUCUUUCUAACAAACCAAUACGCUAUCCUGCCAAAGGGGUGCUACUUUGCCAAAAGGGCGUAUCUUUACUUUGAGUCCUUGAUCAAGACCAACCUUUUGCUGUCUAGUUUACUUACUGCUGUGAUUUUGGAACUAUAAUGUGAAGGGCAGGUAUAGAAACAGUGUUUUUUUAAUGUCUUCUUAUGGUGAUGUAGAUUAUGAACAAGUUUGAGCCUCAUAUUUUAAGUGGUUCUUGAGGUAUCGCGUUCAUGAGGCAAAUACCUGAAAUUACAUAGGCUGACCUCCGUGACCUUUGACCUAGUUACUAAAAAAUCUAAUAGUACAUACAUUUGAUACUUAAUAUGUAGUUUAGCUGGUUACCAAGUAGAGGCUUUCCAGGACAAGAUGAUAGUAAAACGAGAAUAUAUAACGUUUUUACCUUUUUAAUGUCCUACUGCUGAAGAAGAGAAAAGAAAAGGAAAAAGAAAAGAAAAAAAUAAUAUAUAUAUAUAUAUUUAAUCAUGGGUUGAAGAGCUCUACUUUACGUCCUUGUCAUCCAUCCUUGGUAGCUCUUAUGAGUUAGCAAAAUCUUAAGCAAACAUUCAGCCAAUCAACAUCUUGUACGAGGUCAGCGUUUUGUAAUAAUAUAAUAACUAGUGGAAUCCGUGGAAAUCCACGGGCACUGAAAGUUUAUUGAGAUUAGGAUUAGUUUGACUGCAACGAUUAGAUUGGAAAGGCAAGAAUAACACAUAUCUGGACCAAAAAAAGCAAUAAAUCCAUUUCGGAGAAUUCUGGAUAUUUGUGACUAAAAAGGUUUCUGCUGAAUUAUAAUAGAAAUAAUAAGGGAAUAAAUCCAUCAUAUGUAAGAAGUGCUGUAUCAUUGAAGAAGAUUUUUUAAUAAAUUAUAUACUUUUGUGGCCCUGGUUCAAAAGUAUUGAAAAUGGUAAUUCAUUAUUUUGCAACAAAAUUGCCGAGCAAC